CGGGAAGCAGUUAAUAACGUCACAUUUCAUACAGGUCGUUGAGUGUGCAGACUCAGAAAUGCAAGAAGAACGAGAGGAGGUUGGAGAAGAGGAAAUAGACAAUGGUGUCCAUGGUAACGAGUCUGACAUGGACCUAGACCUCCUGGCAGAGAGUGAAAGCGAYAGUGACGACAGUAACGUUGGCGAAGUAGAAAGCACUGUGCGGCGUAUUCGUGUACCCGGUUCAGUUGUUGGCUCCGAUAGUGCGAGCCUCGGUGAGCACGGAGAGUUCUACUCUGAAGAGGAGUCUUCGACAGGAGAGGAUGACGAGGAAGAAGAAGAAGAAGAAGGAGAUGAAAGGGAAAGGGAUGAGAAUGAGGCCUCGCAACCAGAGGUAGCUGACAACACCAGCCGAAAUACUUCAGCCACCGAACCCCGYACCACCCCCCAUGCGAUGCAGUGGGCCAUACGUACCAACCAACCACGCAGCACCGCAAGCACUGGUCUGGCCAGCGGACAUUCUCUUGCAGGCUCAGGUUUUAUAUACGUGGAUUCAGCUACCAUCAGGCGUAGCGCUGCUGCUAAUGGUGCGGCGGCAAGCACUACACCUCACACUGAAAUCAGCAGCACUAACACUAGCGAAAGAAUGGGAAACUCGAGUAGUGCUCUCGCUAGAGCGUUUGGUAUCGUUGUUAGAGAGAUUACUGACCUUCUAAUCUUCGCACGUGACCCUACGUCAUUGACAAUCAGCACACUCACCCUACCCCCAACGGUACUCCGUGACUACUGCACCCUUGUUGACGACGGCCUCCAACCAUGCUGGGAUUGGUUACAGACUAUUAUGGACUGCACUGAGUCUCAGCUGAGAUUUGGGUUAUCGUUAUCAUCAGCUACAGAUUCSACCCACCCCUCCCACCCACUCCACGAAGCGCAUCAGAAAACUACAAGCAGAGAUAGACGCACACGCGAGGACGCCGUGUUGUACCGCGCGUGGGAAGGCAAAAAAAGAAGAAGACACACCACUGCAAGUGUCGGCACACCUGAUGCCAGCUGCCAAGACUUUCUUCUCUACCUGCUCUCACUACUACGAGGUCAAGGCUGUGAGCAUGGCGAUACCCUACCAAAACUUGACGUAUCUUCUCUUCGUCACGUGGCGUACGUCAUGGAUGCACUUAUCUAUUAUCUAAGAAACAAUCCUAGUGGUGUGUCGCAUGGCAACAUGUCUAGUGUUGAUACUACAAAAACUACUACACCGGCUGUGGAAACUGUCAACGAUGAAGAAGGUAGUGAAGAUAUCGACGAUGAAGACAGCAGUAGCUUACGUCGUGAUGACGAAUAUGAAGAUGAUACCGAGACAGUAGAAGAUGAACCAAUGCCUACACCAGUAGCCGGUACCUUACAUCAAUUCUUUGUACGUACAGACUCUUCUACAGUACUUGGUUGUGAACCUCCGGACUCAUUUAGUACGCAGAUAGAAGAGGCACUGCCAUUAGCCUGCCAGCCACACCUACUUCAUCCCGGGGCACGACGGGAACAGCUGUUUGGGACUGGGUCCGAGAAGAAUUUGUCUAGUAAGGGAAAGGAGUCGACGCGGUCGAUGGCGUUAUCGAGGCCUGAGAUGACUAUACCUAAUAUGGCUCCUCAAGAAGAAGCGGUUACUGAGAUUAAAGAAUCUCUACAGGGAGAGAAAGACAAUGAAGAUAWUAGUGUUCCGUCGACAUCAACAGCURGUCCUUCCCAGGCCCUAUCCGUACCUCGUCCACUDAUAGCAGGUGGUACCCCAGCAAACUCGUUACUAGGCCGCUGGCGCUUAUGCGUGGAAUUAUUUGGCCGAUUAUUCCUGGAGGACGUUGGUGCCGAGCCUUCGUCGGUCUUGUCAGAACUUGGACGAUUUGAUGUUAACGAAACUAAAUUUAGACGUGAAAUGGAGCGAUUGCGUAAUUCAUCUCAGAGGGACUUAACAAUMGAGGUCGAGCGUGGUCGUACGUCAAUCAUCCAACAGUCCGUCCGUCAAUUGAAUAAUCAGUUCGGCCGCCGCGGUCCUCGUUCUCGACCAAUGACAAUCCAUCGGGUUAAGGUAUCCUUUAAAGACGAGCCUGGUGAGGGCAGCGGUGUUGCUCGUAGUUUCUACACCGCUCUUAGUGAAGCCUUGCUAUCCGGUGAAAAACUACCAUCCAUGGACUUAAAUAGAGCAAUUGCGCAACGCCUUCGCCGUGCUACGUAUCGUUAUAAACGUGAUCGUGACCGUGAUCGUGAAGCGAGAAGAAGACUAUCAACCGAUGCGCGACCGUUUAACUUUAGUGGCAAUACAGAUGGUGACGAUGGCGAUGGUGAAUCGUUACCUUACCAUAGACAAUCGUUAGGAGAGAGAUUAUACCCCAAAGUACAYGCUCUGCAACCUGACAAGAGUCUGGCCAGCAAGAUAACCGGUAUGCUAUUAGAGCUAUCGCCAGCACAACUACUUCUACUAUUAGCGAGCGAAGACACGUUAAGACAGCGUGUAGAGGAUGCUCUAGAUGUUCUUUUAUCAAGUGGAAAAAAAGCUAAUGUAAAUAAAGAUCAAGACGAAGAGUCAGGUCCAAGUCUGGACAGCGAGGACUCGAGUGAAGAUUACACACCAUUAUUUUAUCAACCAGGAAAAGUAGGCUACUAUUCACCGCGUCCAGGAAGAUGGACAGAAGAACGACUUAAUUGCUAUAGGAACGUAGGAAGAAUUGUUGGUUUAUGUCUUUUACAAAACGAAGUCUGUCCGAUGACGUUUAACCGGCAUGUAAUUAAGUACAUACUAGGACGUCGGAUUGGUUGGCACGAUUUAGCUUUCUUUGAUCCAAUGUUGUACGAGAGCCUGCGCCAAUUAUUAAUGACCGCUGACUCAUCGGAUGCAGACGAGAGGUUCCAAGCCCUCGAUCUUACAUUCACAGUUCAGUUAACCACAGAUGAAGGAGGUAGUGUUAUCGACUUAGUAAAAGGAGGAAAGACCAUUGCCGUCACCGCYAGUAAUAUCCAAGAGUAUGUUCGGUUAUAUUCGGAGUAUAAGAUGCUGACGAAUACCAAGAAGGCCUUAAAGAGUUUACGCGAAGGUGUUCUAGAUGUCAUCCCKCCGUCUUCACUAGAUAAYCUCACAGCAGAAGACUUCAGAUUGUUGCUCAAUGGCUGUGGUGAGAUAAGUGUGCAACAAUUGAUGAGUUAUACAUCAUUCAACGAUGAAACAGGAGGUGCCGGGGCGGAGAAACUGUUAAAAUUCAAAAAGUGGUUUUGGUCAAUCGUCGAGAAGAUGAGCAACAGCGAACGACAAGACAUGGUGUAUUUCUGGACGUCAAGCCCCGCAUUGCCAGCAAGCGAAGAAGGCUUCCAACCCAAACCAUCUGUAACUGUCAAACCAGCUCACGAUCAUCAACUACCCACUGCAAAUACAUGUAUUUCGAGACUAUACAUGCCAUUGUACUCAUCAAGGGCCAUUCUCAAGAACAAGCUACUUCUGGCUAUUAAAACCAAGACUUUUGGGUUCGUCUGAUAGCAAACAUCGGGAAAACUAAGGACGUUGAAUUCAG